GUUCGAAAAUGUCAAAGAACUGUUCCGACGAGGGAUGAAAGGGCAAAAACGUUGACGACAGCUGGACAACAAAAGAUCCCUUUGAGCUAGUGGGGAUGGACCUCAUCGGACAGCUGGCACAAACUGCUGAUGGCAAUCAGUACAUCUGUGUCAUGAUUGACUACAGAACACGGUGGGCACAGGCAUACCCCAUGCGGCGCAAGACUGCAGAGGAGGUUGCCAACUGCAUCUUGAAAUUUGUUUAUCAGUUGAGGUGCCCAAAAGAAUCCUCACAGACAAUGGCAGGGAGUUUGUUAAUGAUAUCAAUACUGAAGUGUGCAGAAUAUUGGGCAUACAAAGGAGCCUGACUGCCCCCUACCACCCACAGACCAAUGGACUGGUGGAGAAAUUUAAUGACACCAUCCAGAACGCCCUGGGGAAACUCGCCAAGACCAAACCCAAUACCUGGGACCAGUAUUUGGAUGCUGUAAUGUUUGGGCUGAGAACCAAAAAGCAGCUUACUACACAGUUUUUCCCCUUCCACCUCAUGUUUGGAAGGGAGGCACGUUAUCCCUGCCAGGUCCCUGAGGAUUUUCAGAUUCACCAAUCAAUGGAGGAUGAUUUCCUAAGUGAACAGGUGGCUAUUGACAUUCAGCGCCAUGAACGCAUAAUGAGACCUGUCGAAGAAAACACCAAGAGACAGCGGAACCGAAUUAGAAGGAAGACGACAAAGAAGGGUCUUGACCUGACAGUGGGGGCGCUGGUAUGGCGGAGGAAUAUUAGGAGCCAGCAAAGGAAAGGGGGGAAACUGGACCCAGAGUUCUUGGGUCCAUUCACGGUCUCAAAGGUCGAGGGGAAAAGUGUGGACCUUAUAGACCACAACAUCAACAUUGAUAAUUUAAAACUAUGCGUGGAGGAGGUCCCAAGGGUGCCAAAAAGGCUUAAAAGGGCCCAGCCCCCUGCUGGCACCUCCACCCCCUUGCCCUCGGAAGGCCCCAUGGGCGAGGAGGAGGGUGAGGAGGAUGAGGCCUCCCUAACAUCACCCGCUGCAAACAAAGUGGGGGGGAAGGCACUCUUUCUAGACUCAUUUGAAAUGACGAAGGUCUGGGAAGGAAAGAGGUCAAGACUGAGGUGUGAUCCCACCCAACUUGACCUCGUCAUGGGUGCUGUCCAUGAGCCAGGCCACUGACUCCAGCAAGGUCCAACGAUGUUUAGAGUCUAUAAGGGCAUUCAUCCGCAACAAAGGAUACAGUGUAUCAAGGUGGACAGCAGGCACUGUGCCACACACAUUGCAGCCGGAUGGUAGCUCCUGCAGAGUUUUUGUCCUGAAGGUUCAUGCGAGCGAUGGUUUCACAUCACCUGUGUUGGUUACGUGGACCAUGGAAGCCCCAGGAUUAAUCCCUUUAGUUGUGCUGCAAGCACUAUGAAUUAAAUGCAGUUUUAUCUAUGCA